UUUUGUUGAAGCCCAACAUGGCUCUUUCAUUGCUCCAUUUCAUGUUUCUUGCUUGAAGUUUUUACACAGAAAGUGAGGAAGAGAAUCCAUACACAAAACACUGAGAUAUUUGCGAAGAAAUGAUGACUAUUGGCAGCUCUUUUCCCAUUGUGCGUGCAGGCACCGGUUACAAUCCUUUAGUCCAAGAAAUUCAGGGUGAAACUUUCACACCAAAAUGUCGGGUGAGGAAGGGUUGGAAUUCUAGAGCAAAAUGUUUGAACUUAUCAAAGAAAUUUGCAGUACAUUGCUCAGCAGAAAAAUCUAUGGAUGUGAGUACUUCAGCUUUGGUUGAAGAUGUGACUGCAGAGUGCCUAAAUGAAAUGGAUAUUGAGGAGCCAAGCAUUUCAACGAUAUUGAUGAACUUUGAGAACAAAUUUGAUCCUUACAACGCAAUGAGUACACCACUCUACCAAACAGCUACGUUUAAGCAGCCAUCAGCACUAGGAGAUGGCCCAUAUGAUUACACCAGACAUGGAAAUCCAACUAGGGCUGCUUUGGAAAGUCUCUUGGCAAAGCUAGAUAAAGCAGAUCGAGCACUUUGCUUUUCAAGUGGAAUGGCUGCUCUAGCUGCUGCCACCCAUCUUGUUGGAACUGGUGAGGAAAUUGUUGCUGGAGAUGACCUUUACGGUGGUUCUGACAGGUUAUUGUCACAAGUAUCCCCAAAGUCCGGAAUUGUUGUCAAACGAGUUAAUACUACUAAUCUAGAUGAGGUUGCAUCUGCAAUUGGCCCCUGGACCAAACUUGUGUGGCUAGAGAGCCCAACCAACCCCCGUCAGCAAAUUUCUGACAUUCGCAAAAUUGCAAAGAUGGCUCAUGAACAAGGUGCUCUUGUAUUGGUAGAUAAUAGCAUCAUGUCCCCUGUGUUGGUGCAACCAUUGGAACUUGGAGCUGCAAGGUCUGGGCCAGUAAUCCCGACAGAUGAGAAAAACUUAAGCUUGGGAAAAAUAGUUUUCUCAGGAUCAGCUAAAAGAAAUCCUGGUUUGGCAAGAGAUUUGUAUUUCCUACAAAAUUCAGAAGGCUCAGGGUUAGCACCAUUUGAUUGUUGGAUCUGUUUACGGGGUGUUAAGACCAUGGCAUUACGCGUUGAAAAACAACAGGAAAAUGCACAAAAAAUUGCUGAGUUUCUUGCAUCACAUCCACGAGUGGAGAAAGUUAACUAUGCAGGUCUUUCCGGUCAUCCUGGACGUGAUCUGCACUAUUCUCAGGCAAAGGGUGCUGGUUCUGUGCUAAGCUUUUUAACAGGAUCGAUGCCACUCUCAAAGCACGUUGUUGAGGCUACCAAGUAUUUCAGCAUUACUGUCAGUUUUGGGAGUGUUAAGUCCCUCAUAAGCAUGCCCUGCUUUAUGUCCCAUGCAACUAUACCAGCAGAAGUACGACAAGCCAGAGGGCUUGCUGAAGAUCUUGUUCGUAUCUCCGUAGGAAUAGAGGAUGUGAAUGACCUAAUUGCUGAUUUAGAUCAUGCACUAAAUACCGGGCCAUUUUAGGUUCAAUCUUAAGUUGUCUUUGCUUUCAAUUGACCAGCCAAAUGACCUUUAAUCAUUUUUUUUUUUUCAAUUAUAAUAAUGUUCAAUUCUUAUGUUGUAAUUGAUGUGUUUUUAUGGCUUAAUGUGGUAGAGUACUCCAAACUUUGUAAGCUUUUGUAAUUUUACUCUAUUUUGACAUUUUUGUUAAUUUUAUCCUAAUUUUAAUCUUUUGCGGCAAA